UCAGAUGAGCCCCACCUAUCCAGGUUGGGGAAUUCCCUUACAUAAACAACAAGCCCUGAAAAAUUUAUUCUGAGCCACUGAGACCAGUUGGUUGUUGCUGCUUUUAUUACAUCAUCUCAGGUCACUUCCGACUACGCUCUUGAAAUUAGUAAUAACCAAUCUAUACAAAUAUUUCGUAUUUGCUGUAAACAAUUCCUAAAUUGAUCAGAACAUGGAUAAAUUCAUUACUAGCAUUCGCCAGAAAUACAUAGAAAGACUCUUGAAUCGUCAAAAGCAAUGGCCACCAGUUAGAGGAGACAGGCUCAUCAACUUGCAGUUAGUGGAGGCUGAAAAAGAAGAAGGAUUUAGAGCCGGCUUGCCACAACAUGGUGCACCUGAUGAUAAGGUCAAGCGUACUCCAAUUCUCCAUGGCAACCUAUUCAAAGUCGAAGAAAGCAAGAAACCAGUCAAGAAGCUCAUCGUUGAAGGCAAUGCUGGGAUUGGUAAAACCACACUGUGUACCAUGCUUGCUGAAGGGUGGGCAGAGGGCAAGAUCCUGACACAAUUCAACUGUGUUCUGUUGCUUCCACUGAGAGAGAAUCGAGUGUCCUCUGCCACAAGUCUCGCUGAGCUGUUCAAACUUCUUCAUGCCAAUGAGAGGAUUCGCCAAUCUGUUGUAGAAGAGUUGGAAGAAAAAGAAGGAAAAAGUGUCCUCAUCAUAGCUGAUGGCUGGGACGAGCUUAGUGAAGACAAUCAAUUAGAAACCUCAUUUCUAUAUGACCUUCUCUUUGGUGAUGUUCUUCCUUUUGCUUCUGUUCUCCUCACCUCACGACCUUCUGCUUCAGCUCCUCUUCAUGACCUUCCCUCUGUAAACCGUUUGGUUGAGGUAGUUGGUUUCAAUGAGGAGAAUAUCAAGCAAUACAUAGAAUCAGAGUUUGAGCAAUUUCCAGUUCUCUCAUCAAGCAGCUUGAGAACAACCCAGUCAUUCAGAGUGUGUGUUCUGUGCCCCUCAAUUGUGCCAUUGUUUGUAACUUGUGGCACACUUUAGACCAAGAGCUUCCUCGUACGCUAACUGAGCUGUACACUCAAAUUAUUCUUAACAUUAUCCUUCGUAAUGUCAAAAAGAAGUUCCCUGAUUGUCCUAUUAGCUGCAAUAGCUUUGACAAGAUUCCGAAUGAUCUACAAAACACAUUUUGGUUGAUGUGUGAGUUUGCCUACGAGUGCUUAUUAUUAGAUCAGCUGGUUUUCUCAGAAGAUGAUUUGUCCUUUCGCUUACCCGAAGUUGGUGACAAGUUGCUGUGCUUUGGUCUGUUGCAGUCUGCACGAUCACUUCUACCUGUUGGUCAUGGCCUGUCUUUUCACUUUGCUCACCUGACCAUCCAGGAGUUCUUGGCUGCCCUCCAUCUUGCUACUCUACCGAAUGAAGAGAAACUGAAGAUUGUUGAGACUAAUGCUGACAGUGGCCGGUUUGACAUGGUGUGGAGAUUUAUGUUUGGUAUUGCUAGUAAGUACAAUGGUAGUCAUAGCGAUAAGGUGAUCAGUUUGGAUCAUGGUUUGACGGAUCAAUUUGUGUUUGCUGGAAAGCUUAAAAAGUUGGUUUUAUUAUGUCAUGCUGCUUUCGAAGCUUCUGACUCUGGAUUCUGCACAAAAGUUUGUAAUUUGUAUGGAGCAAAUUUAUUAGACGAUAAUUUCAGCACCACUUUUGACUGUGUAGCUGGGUUCUAUGUUCUUCGUCAUGCUGUAAAUUGUGAUGAUAUGGUUAUCAUAAUAUCCCAUUGUGCAAUCGAUGAUAAACUGUUGAAGGAACUAACUGACAUACUUUCCAAUGCGAAUGGUAAACUGCAAGUCACACGAUUAUCCCUCCAGCAGACUAAGUUGUCUGACAAAGGUGUUGCUGAUCUAUUCAGGAGAGCCUCAGCUGCUUUUACAACUUUAGAUUACCUCUCGUUGUCUUAUAACAACUUCACUAACGUCACGUCGUCAUUCAUACACACAUCUUGUAUGAGCCUUACAACACUGAACUUAUCCCACAAUCCUCUUGGAGUGUCUGGCAUACAGUCAUUAGAGACAGCUGUACUGUCUGAUGCUCUUAUCAACCUGAAGGUACUGAAGCUAGCCAAAACCCUCACUGAUGAUGCUGACGUCAAUGGAGCUCUACUGACCACCCUCUUACAGUCGAUUGCCCCUCACUGUCCUGAUCUGGUAAAAUUACUCCUCUCUGAUAAUAAUCUUGGUUUACCUGGAUUAUGUUCAGUUGUGGAGAACAUUCCGUUACGAUUGACUAAGAUUGAAUUAUCAGCUACCCAUCUCACCACUUCAUUUCACUCUGAAUCUCAAUACACAGUCACCUGUGAGAUGCUGAAUAUCAACCCUAACAGUUUAACUGUGAUGGACUUGUCUGGUUCCAAUUUCAGUGGAACUGCUGGAACUCUCUUACUGGCAAAGUUUCUUCAAGCAUUUCCAUAUCUGGAACAACUUUACUGGUGGCGUUAUUCUCUCACCUCUGCCGACAUCAUAAUGCUUAUCCACCAUCUCAAGUUCGCUAAUGUGAUAUGUAAGAAUUUAAAAAGGUUGGAUCUCAACCACAAUUCCAUUGAUGAUGAGGGAGUGAUAGCUCUCACUGAGUGUCUACCAGAGCUGUUCCCUAGUCUGGAGGGGUUCAGUUACCUGGAGGACGGUGUUAGACUCUAUGGUAAUCCUGUGAACGAGGAGUUGAUACUCAUGUGCAAUGAACAGUUGAAGACCAUACGAGAAUCAAGGAAUUCUGCAGUGCUGACUGAGUGGGAGAGAACAUGUUUACCUCCACUAAAUGAAGAGAUGAAUCGUACUUUCCAUUCUCUUUGGGAUACGCUACUGUCGAAGAUGAUUGAUGAGGCUCAAACGAUAUCUUCAGCUGUUUUCGACAGUAUCCUUUCAUGGUCAACCGCUAACGAACCAGCGGAAUACAACAGAAUUGUUUAUGAGGUUGUUGAUACAGUGGACACUCCUAGUGAUGUCACUGAUCCAGACACUCUCAUCAAUGAACAGAGCUUCUCUCAAGCAUCACCAGUAGAGCACCACCCCACAGCUAGUGACAAGGCUACUUGUACUACAGCCCUGCAGUCUACACACAGAACAGACCAACAUACAACAGCAAUGACAGAUGCUGUACCAUCUGAUGUCACUGAAGGACUCACUUCACAUCCACACACCAGUCACUCAGGAGCUGGUGGACCGAGGACUGUGACCAUUGAGGAAUUGAAGGAGCAUGCAAAAGUGACAGACUCUCAACUUGACACUGAAAUUAAAGAGACUGACAUGAUCAUUCUGGCAGCUCACUUUGACAAUGUGGACACCUAUGCUGUACAACUGGGACUGAGUCCUGCAGAGCAAAGUGAUGUCAGAAUUGCUCAACUUGCUAAUGGCACACAAGUAGCGAUGGACAAGGCCUUGAGACUGUGGAGACAGCAUAAUCCAGGGGCCGCUACUUACAGAGCUCUGGUGGAGAUACUGUUGAGAAUGGGAAAGGAAGAAUUGGCCUUUAAAAUGUGUCAGACAGCAGCUACGAAACCAAUGAUGUGUGAUGUGGUGUGCAACAGGAGAAGAUUUGAACAAUAAACAUUCCCAGCCCCUUUUAGGAAACCAAUGAUGUGUGAUGUGGUGUGCAACAGGAGAAGAUUUGAACAAUAAACAUUCCCAGCCCCUUUUAGGUAGAGAGCUCGAGACAAAAAUACGGUUUUAUUGAAUCAAUAUUUUCUUGCUGCAUUAGUUGAUCCCAGUGUUUGUACAGAUCGUUUGAUUUCGUAGGAUUAUUGGUGCUCAUUGUGUCCUGAAAGAAGUAAUUUUGAGAUAGAGACAAAAAAUGUUGAGUGUGAGAAUAUUUCUUUCUAGCUAUAGCUUAGUAUACAACUACCAUGGCCAGUGGAUCAAGCUAUCUUCAAGGGAAAUGAAUAAAACACCAGCCCCUCCCCCUCCCACUACUUCGCUGGGCUGGAAAUCAUGCCACAUGGUGGAUCACUGAAGAAAGAGAAGAGUAAAGCAAGAGACAGCUAGGAUACUGAGUGCAGGCUCUAUCUUCCUGUGUGUUGUCAGAUGAGGCUGUGUGGUGAGUAGCUCUAUCACAAGUCAGUGGAGGACCAGGAGAGGGGCAUCCUAGAGAGGAAGAGGAAGAUACAGCACGCCAUUACGGUGUGUGCAGAUGGUCAGACCAUCUCCACUGAGCUCAGGGGAGAAGCAGUCUCCAUCAGGAAGACCAUCAAGUGUGACCACCAGGAAUGAGGGGGUGUGUUCUACUACCCCUUCCUAGUAGCUACAACCAGUAUCUUGCGGCCCAGACUUACAAGGAUGAUGAGUAUGUGUGGGCGGGAUCCUAAGGUGGUGGUCACAUGACCCGAGCACUAAACUCACAAUUCACGAAGGUAAUCAACAUAUAGUAGACUCUCGCUAUUCUGGCUCUCUAAAGGCCACCUCAACAUACCGGCCAUUAAUUUGGUCUGGCACGGAUUGCUACUCUGAAAUGCAGCCACUGUAUACUGGCCAGUGCUGGCUGCCCAAACUAGGUUUUUGAUGUCAUUUUAUACGGCUGAAUAUUACAUUUUAGUGUGUGAUAAGGCAUGCCUGAAAGAGUGUGGUGGUCCGGGGGCUGACAGCUGUAAGGAGUGUGCCCUGGGAUAUGAGGAGGUGGAGGGAUCUUGUACAGAUAUUGAUGAGUGUAGAGAAGAUGACUCCAUCUGUUCUAAUGGUACUUACUGUCUCAACACCCCGGGCUGUCAGGGUAUGAGGGCUAAACUGGAUGCCUGUCCUCUCAAAGAGCUCGAGGAUUUCACUAUUCUCUCGUGUUUUGUUGGACUGGAAAUGGUCCUACCCCCCACAUAGCAUCACAUGUUGAGCAGUCACGAGGUGGACACGUACGGUA